AGGAAAGAAGGAAAGGAGGAAAGGAGGAGCGAAGAAAGUAAUACAAAAGGCAAAGGACGAUGUCGCAGCCAUCAGUCGCCUCGUAUUUUAAUACGAGGAAGCGUUCGGCUAGUAAUGAACUACGUAACAAAUCAAAAGUUUUAAUAAUUGAGGAUAAUAACAGAACGGAGGCCCUUCCCGUAAUAAUUGAAAAAACUCCGACGAUGGUUGAGCGCAGAUCAACCAAGAAAUUGAUGAAAAUGGACACAAAAAGAGAUACAGUUGCGAGGAAUUUACAAUUUGAUAUGGGCUCUAAAUUAUCAAAUACAUUUUCAAAAACAAAAUCAUUAAAAUCAAAACGAUCAUCAACGCAUGAAGACAAUCAACAAUCUGACAUACGCGAUGCCUUAUUAAAAGUUAAUAAGGAAAUUGAAGAUGAGAAGAAAGUAAUUUUUGAAAAACUAGGAAGCUUGAGUCCGAAAAAAUUGACCAGAAGGCGUGUCUCUAAAAAUGCAACGAGCAGUCAUGCCGACGAACAGAUUCAAGAGCCUUUAUACACUAAGACACCGACUAAAGAGCCAAAAAUAAUAUCAAAAGACAUGAGUUUAAACGAAAUAAGAACUAAAAUGACUACUAGUGCGAGAUUGAAUGAAUUGAGAGCUAGAAUUGCCAAAUUUCAGAAUUGUUCGGAUAGAUUAGAGAAACUAAAUCAAGCACAUUUGGAUGUAAAGGAAGACAUUCGGAAAAAUAAUGAGAUAAAGAUCAAAGAAUUUGAACGUAUAGAGCUUGAAAUACCAGUAAGCCCACAAAAAUCUAUGCAAUCACCAAAUAAAUUCUUCAGUCCUACAAAGAUGAUGCAGUUAUCACCAAAAGCGAGUCCUGCUCGUCGACUGCUUUUCGAACCAAAAGAUACUCCUGCAAGUCCUGUUAAGGGUAGUCCUAUAAAAACCCCGGCAUAUCAGAGAUAUCAAUCAUUGGUUGAGACAGACGGAAAAACUUUACCUUUACCUUACGGUUAUCGAUUCUUAGCAGAGGUUUUUCGCAGUAUUGAUACUGUUUCGGCAAUGUUAUUUAAUCGAAGAGAAACAAUAACUUUUAAUAAACUGAAGCCUGCCGUACAAGAACUUGUAAGGCGAAAUUUUACCCUUGAUCAUGUAGCACAGAUUAAGACCGUUUAUCCUGAUGCUUUUAAUUUUCGUCAAGAGAAGAUACGCAGUUUCGGCACCAUGAAUCCCGAAAAAUACGAACUCGUCAUAACUCCCAUCAUUGUUUGCAGUAAAGAUAAAAGCGGCAGAAAUACGCCAGAUGCAGAAAAUGUCUUAAAAUCAGCUCUUGAAACACAUAUGGGACCGAGUGUCUUAUUAGAGCGAAGAAGAAAAUUUUAUAAUACACUUUUAGAGAUCGUUAAGGAUGAGCAUGACAAGUUUUUAUUGUCCUUGGACACACCAAUGAAUAUCCCCAAGGAAAAAAUAACUCGAUGGCAUCCAGAAUUUGACGUGGAGAACUGUAGAGCAAUUGAAAAGGCAGAGUUACCACAACCACCAGAACAAGAACAAUUAUGCACCGCAAAAGACGUCUUGGAGAGAGCAAACAAACUUUUCAAUGAUAACUCACGCAUGCAAAAGGCUAUUGAGCGACUUGCUGACAAACAAAUGAAAUCGACUGGCCUUACAGGUAAUUAUUUAUAAUUAUCGGGCGACAUCGACGAAAAUAUCAAUGUUUCCCUCGUAGACACGCCACCAGCUACUCCAAAAAGCCAAAAACCCAUGUCAAAUCCAGCACUUAAAGGGAUACCAAUGGCCCUGCUGGAGAAGGUGCGUGCAAAGCAAGCCGCCAAAGCUCUUGAGAUGAUGACACGGUCCUCGGACGCCAGCAAUGAUUUAAUAAUGUAUUCAAGGUUGCCCGAGCUUGCAAAAAUCGUGCGCAACAUCUUCGUCAGCGAGAAAAAAAGUGUGCUCCCCAUUGAGUUUGUUAUUAAGAAGCUGAAUGACUCGUAUCGUACAAAACUUACGUCCGGCGAGCUUGAGAAACACAUCAGGUUGCUUUGUGAGUUAUUACCCCUUUGGGCCAUGGUGCACGUUGUGAGAAAGGUGAAUUACCUAAAAUUGGCCAAGGACUUCGAUAUGGUGAAAGUUGUCAAGAGGUUGGAGCUGCUUGCUGAAGCAAAAGCAUGAUAACAAUUGUAUUUAAAUUUAUUAUACAGUAAACGGAUAGAACAUUUUUUAUAUAUUUAGAAAAUUUGACGAGCAAUUAUAGUAGAAGCUUAGUAAGUAGAAGCGAAGCAAUCAAUAUAUUGUGUUCAUAUGUCGUAAUAUGUAUUUCAAAUUAAGGCUCUUUUAUA